GUAGUAGUAAAAAAAUAUCAUGAUUCCAGAAGUUAAUUAACAACCAAAUAUUUUUCCCUUUAAAAGAUGGAUCAUAUUGAUGCACAAUUAAUUUAUACGAUCGAAUUUGCCCCCUCUCUAAUUAAAGAUUAGCAAAAAACAGAGAAAGGAGCAAAGAUAAUAAAUCUCAAGUCUGAAAAGAAAGAGCCAAAUCCGUUUCCUCCCCCACAGUAUAUUAUUUACUCUCUCCUCAAGACAGACACCAAUGCUAAAAAAGGGAAGGAAGAAAAAGCCAUGAGAAAUUGCAUAAGGUGCUGCAUCUCUUGCAUCUUCCCAUGUGGGGCUCUCGACGUGAUCCGCAUAGUGCACUCCAAUGGCAGAGUAGAAGAAAUCAGCGGCACCGUCAAGGCCAGUGAUGUCAUGAAGGCACACCCCAAACAUGUCCUCAAGAAGCCAUGCUCUUCCCCCGCCGAUGCCGCCGGCAUCAGCGGCGGGGUCCACAAGAUCGUGGUGGUGCCACCCGACGCUGAGCUCCAACGUGGCAAGAUUUACUUCCUCAUGCCACUCCCUCCUACUCCUCCUACACAAGAGAAGAAGAACCGGCAGAGAAAGAAGAAGAGGAAGGAACAUAGAGAGAGAACUAUGAACAACACCAACAACGCGUCCAUGAUUACGUCUAUGACUAGCUUGCUUGUCUCUGAUCGCUACUUGAAUGAUAUACUCUCAGAGAAGGUGUCAAGUCAAAGAGACAGAAGAAGAGGGCGUGUUGCUGUGUGGAGGCCUCACUUGGAGAGCAUUUCUGAGUCACCUUCUGAUCCGUAACCAUUCUUCUUCUUUCUUUUUUAUUCACAAAUCACAGCCUUUGCCUAAGGGUCAUGUCAUGUCCAUAUAGUUUAUAUUAUAAUCCUCAUAUUAUAGGCUUCCAACUCCAUUUUUUCAAAAUAUAUAGAGAGAAAAUAAAUAAUAUUUCCUUUUUUUUCAAUGUUUUACUCUGCUUCUUCUGCAAAGGUUGCUGUGUACAUAGGGUUGUCCAUAUAAUAUGAGGUUUGUAAUUAACCAGUUGGAGAGUUUAAGUUAUAUUAGACCACCAUAGGGUAUGUUUUCAUCAAGGUUUUAUUAAAUGGUCAGUGACACAACUUCAAGGUUUUUGAGGUUUCAGGAGAUAUAAAGUUGAUUGAGUGGUUAAGAAAAAAGAAAAACUAACAAUUAACAUUUGUCAAUAAUUUUUUUUAGAUUUCUGUGGUUGUAUAAUUUUCUGUAUCGACUACAUUUAAUUUUUUGUAAUAUCAAAGAUCAGAGUUUUAAUGUGACGACAAUUUAAAACCUUGGUUUUGAUAGCAGAAUUUUGAGUUUUUAUGGUCGUGUUACAGACUUACAGUUGGUGGGGCAUGAAAUUGAUCAGACGGUGUUAUAUUUUGUAAUUUUCUAGAAGAGGUGAAACAAGAGAAGAAUUCUGUAAUGGGUUUCAAUUUUUUUUGCUUUAAAUUGUUGAAGCUCGGAAUUUAGAAUAGUACACGCUACAAAGAUAAACUAUGAUUGAGAUGCAGAUAGAACGAUCCUACUUCUACAGUGUUGCACUGUCAUGCCUUAUUUUGUAUUGGAUGAAAACGGAAGGUGAUUGCGACAUGAUA